CGAUCGAGGUCAAGAUGAAGGAAGAGACCACGAAGCGCAAGGCUGAGGAGGAGCCGUCCUCCCCGAUCGCGAAUAAACGGGUCAAGCACAAUGAGUCGGCCGAACCAGAAAAGAAGCCGGCGAUGAAGCCCAUCCCCUUCCCUGAAAAGCCCGCCGUCAUCGAAGAGCGCACCGGCGAGAUCGAGUUCCGGGUAGUCAACAACGAUAACGAGCGCGAAUCCCUCAUCAUCCUCACCGGUCUAAAAUGCAUUUUCCAAAAACAGCUCCCCAAGAUGCCGAAAGACUACAUCGCGCGACUCGUCUACGACCGGACCCACUUGUCCAUCGCGAUCGUCAAGAAGCCCCUCGAGGUCGUCGGCGGCAUCACCUACCGUCCCUUCAAGGGCCGUCAGUUCGCCGAAAUCGUCUUCUGCGCCAUUAGUUCUGACCAGCAGGUUAAGGGAUACGGAGCGCAUCUCAUGUCCCAUUUAAAGGACUACGUCAAGGCAACGAGCGACGUAAUGCACUUCCUCACGUACGCUGAUAACUACGCCAUCGGAUACUUCAAGAAACAAGGUUUCACCAAAGAGAUCACGCUAGAUAAGAGUGUAUGGAUGGGAUACAUCAAGGAUUACGAGGGCGGUACGAUUAUGCAGUGUUCAAUGCUGCCCCGCAUCAGAUAUCUCGAAAUGGGUCGCAUGCUCUUGAAGCAAAAGGAGUGCGUCCAGGCCAAGAUUCGCGCCUACUCGAAAUCGCACAUCGUUCACGCUCCGCCAAAGGAAUGGAAGUCUGGUGCAAAGCCAAUUGACCCGCUCAGCAUCAGCGCCAUCCGGGCAUCAGGCUGGUCCCCCGAUAUGGACGAGCUCGCCCGCCAGCCCCGCCAUGGACCCAACUACAACCAGCUUCUCCACCUCCUCAACGACCUGCAGAACCACCAGUCCGCCUGGCCCUUCCUCGUGCCCGUCAACAAGGACGAUGUCGCCGACUACUACGAAGUUAUCAAGGAACCCAUGGAUCUUAGUACGAUGGAGACCAAGCUCGAAGCAGAUCAGUACGCCACGCCAGAGGACUUUAUCCGGGAUGCUAAGCUCGUCUUCGACAACUGUCGCAAGUACAAUAACGAAUCUACGCCAUAUGCGAAGAGCGCCAAUAAGCUGGAGAAAUACAUGUGGCAGCAGAUCAAGGCCAUCCCCGAAUGGUCUCACCUCGAGCCGUAGAAGGGCUCGAUGAGACCCGAGAAGGGCGAUCCAAGAAAGGAAACGCCGCCGCAGGAAACUCCAAAGGUUACCGAUACUCCUUCGGGGGGGUUGAGGCGGCGGUCGCAUAGGGUGCGUCGUGUGUCGUAGGCUUGGUUGGUCACGAAGUAAGUGCAACGAAAAAGAAAACAUCGGGUUGAGUGGGUUUUGAAGCUUUAAGGAGUUAGUUGGCGUUGGGUGGCGACUGUAAUUUCUCUAUUUGAUAAGGUACUAUCGGAUAGAGCUUUCAGGAAGAUUACCAGCAGGGUGCUUCUAGUCGGGUCUGGUCGUGGCGUUUGGGGGGGACGCCGCGAGGCUGUUAUCAAGCCAACGACUGAAUUGAGAUAUUUUACCAAAAGUCGCACCUAAAAUUGCAUUUGAUUUGUCUUCA